AUGUGCACAGAUUUUACUGACCUUAAUAAAGCAUGCCCGAAAGACAUAUAUCCCCUUCCAAGCAUCGACGGGCUGGUAGACGGAGUCUCAGGAUAUGAAAUCUUGAGCUUUUUAGAUGCUUAUUCGGGAUAUAAUCAAAUCCCUAUGUAUCAACCCAAUCAAGACAAAACAACCUUCAUAACGGAGCGUUCCAAUUACUGUUAUGAAGUUAUGCCGUUCGGCCUAAAGAACGCAGGAGCGACGUAUCAACGGCUUAUGGAUAAGGUCUUUCAACAUCAAAUAGGAAGAUGCAUGGAAGUAUACGUGGACGACAUGGUAGUGAGGAGCCGAUCGGUGGAAGAACACUUGCGAGAUUUGGCUGAAGUUCUGGAUCAGGUACGGAAGUUCGGGAUGAGGUUAAACCCUCUCAAAUGUACAUUUGGAGUAUCUGCAGGGAAAUUCUUAGGCUUCAUGCUUACUUCACGAGGCAUAGAGGCCAAUCCGGAUAAGUGUCGGGCUAUCUUGGACAUGAGAAGCCCAAGUAGUUUGAAAGAGAAGCAAGUGGAAUGGAACGACCGGUGCGAGGCAGCAUUUGAAGAAGUCAAGCAAAUUCUCACUAACCCCCCGGUUAUGAGACGCCCAGAUUAUGGCUGCGAUUUGCAUUUAUUCCUGGCAGUUGGUGAAGAAGCGGUCAGCGCAGCAUUAAUCCAAGAAGUCCCUGAGUUUUGUCCAAUUUAUUUCAUUAGUCGUGUGCUAAAGGAACCCGAGACCAGAUAUCAGCAGCUUGAAAAGAUAGUCCUAGCACUCGUAAUCGCCACCCGAAGGCUCCGCCCCUAUUUACAGGGAAACCAGAUCGUCCGGUCAUCAGGGAGGAGGAGCGGGUGUUGUUUUGGAAGGACCCGACGGCAUCUUAUCGAGCAGGCCUUGAUCUUCCGGUUUAAAGCUAGCAAUAACCAGGCCGAAUACGAGGCCUUAAUAGCCGGCCUCGAGUUAGCACGAGACUUAGGAGUUAAAGUGCUGUGUUGCAAAACAGAUUCCCAGCUGGUAGCAGGUCACAUGAACGGAACCUUUCAAAUUAAAGAUGAUCAACUGCUUAAAUACUUCCAUAAGGCCAAACACCUAUUUGCACAUUUUGACAGCAUCGAGGUGAAUCACAUACCCAGGUGUGAAAAUCAAAGAGCCGACCGUCUGUCAAAGCUAUCGACUGGUAAGGAGAAAGGCCAACUGGCUUCGUUGGUUCGGCAGAUAGUCUUCAAACCAACAGUUGAAUGCUUACAAGUUUACUCUACUGCCGAACGGGAUGACUGGAGAAGGGAAAUUGUUUUGCUGAUCCAACAACAAGAAGCGAGAAUAGCCCUCCGGUCGGAGGAAUCAAAACAAGUUGCAAGGUACGUCAUGGUAGGAGAAGAGCUGUACCGGAGAGGAUACAUCACGCCAAUGUUAAAAUGUAUAUCCAAAGAUGAAUCCGAUUAUGUAAUGCGAGAGCUUCAUGAAGGGAUAUGUGGCAGACAUGGUGGCGGGCGGUCAUUAAGGGCCCGAGCUUUGAGGGCAGGAUUCUAUUGGCCAACAAUGGAAAAGGAUUGUCAGGCCUUUGUCGUCAAAUGCUUGGCUUGUCAAAAGCACGGGAACAUUAUUCAUACACCAGCUACAGCGUUGUCUGCCAUAGUAUCACCAUGGCCCUUCGCGCAGUGGGGAAUGGACAUAGUCGGUCCAUUCCCGACCGGUCGUUCCCAGUUCGAUUUGCCAAAGUACAUUAUCACUGAUAACGGUCGACAAUUCAUCGACAAAAAGCUGGUGGCGUUUUAUAAGGAGUUGGGAAUCACACCUUUAACCAGCUCAGUAGAGCACCCACAGACGAACGGUCAAGCGGAAGCUAUGAAUAAGAUCAUCAUUCAAGAGCUAAAGAAAAAGCUAGGGGACGCCAAAGGAGCAUGGGCAGAUGAGUUGCAGCAGGUACUUUGGGGUUACCGAUGCUCCCCACACAGCGCAACCGGAGAAUCACCAUUUAACCUCACUUAUGGGUCAGAUGCAAUGUUACCGGUUGAAGUCGGGGAGAAUACACUACGAAGAAGUAUUGCUGACAUGGGUGAAAAUGAAGAACAUCUCAGAAGCAAUCUAGAUAUACUCCCCGAACGGCGUGAUAUGGCAGUCGUUCAGCUCGAAGCUCAUAAAAGGCUCGUUGCUCGACGCUACAACACCAAGGUUAAACCAAGGCAAUUUGUAGAAGGAGACUUGGUUUGGAGACGAACGGGUGAGGCGAGGAAAAAUCCCGCACAUGGGAAGUUAUCCGCCAACUGGGAAGGCCCGUUCAGAGUAAAGGAGAGUUUGAACAAUGGCGCAUACCGAUUGGAGUGUUUAAAUGGAAAAGCUAUUCCUAAUACAUGGAACAUUUCUCAUUUGAAGUUUUAUUUUAGUUGA